AUGCACCUGUUGAGAGCUCUGGGCCAUGACCCGGGACAGCCUCCGCAGCCUGACCCGCGUGAAGCUGAUGAAACGAAGCAGCUCAAGCGUAAGCUCCAGACACGUCGUGCAACAACAGCCCUCGCUGUGAAGCGAGAGCAAGUGAAGCAGGAAGAGUCGCCUGCGCUGGCUGUUCCUCCCGAGAUGCGGGAGACUUUUCCUGAAAGGUUGCAGAGAGAGCAGCUGACUGGUGCAAGCCAGCACUUUCGCCACAGAACAACUGAGUUGAGCCAGGAUCAGUCCCAUUCGAUGAGUAGGGAGCGUUCCAGAUGUGUGAAAAGUUUGUUGGUGUCGUUGGCGGCACGAGUCAAGGAGCUUGUGAGUGGCAGGGCCAGAGCUGGAAGCGAUCCAGCUGAAGUGUGCCAUGUUAUGAACACUGUCGUGUCAGAUGAUACGACAACAAAGCUGAAAACUGAAGGCCAAAGCUUUGAGCAGCAAGGUGUGGUGCAUACGAUAAUGAACACAUGCCAGGCUUUGCUUCUGCGUUACAGCGAUGGUGGGACAGAGUGCCUCAGUUUGCCCACACCUCUCCAGGUUCUUCCUGCCGGAAGAGCAGAUUACAUCCAUGCAGGCUUUCGCUCGUGGUUGAUAGUCACAGCGUGCGGCGUCGGCCAGAAGUUCCUGGCAUUAGGCUGCCCGACAGACUUGACUGUCGAAGCAAAGUGGAGGAGCUUGAUAUUGGUUGGCGAUGCACUCCGGGCGAAUGACACAGCCUGGAGACUUGAGCGUCAGAUCAUGUUGGAUCAGAGAGAUCGCACAAGGGAUAUGGCCGCAGCGCCGCAUCGGACGCUGGGCAUGCGGCUUCGAUGCACAAAUCACCAGCUGUGCCUAGUUCGUAGGCCACUGGUACUCUCCUGCAAGGGGUACUGGACGACGCUGGUACGUCUAGGGCAUCUAUAUGAGGUCAACUCUUUCCGGCGAUCCUUCGCCGCUGCACUGAUCAGUUUGAUCAAGAAAGACGGCAACUUUAUUCGCAUCCCCGUCUAUGAGUACCCGCCGGAGAAGUCUACAUGGGAGCAGAGGGCAACCUGGCUCCAGCGUGAUUUUCAAUCCACAAAAGGUGCCACGAAGGCAUUGCAGGCGCUCUUCGAAUUUGCAAAUGGCGAUACUUCCGGAGAGGUUGUAACACACUUUUGCAAGAUGCAGCAGGGAGACUGCUCAGCGUGUUGUUCUUCUGAUGAAGAGGCGCUGAGCAAAUUUUUAUCCCUUGCAGUCCCGCUGUUCAGCAAGGGCUUCCCGACACCGCUUUUGUAUCGCAUGAAACACUAUGGGCCGGCAUCUUCAUUCAUGAAGGUGGGGUGUUCGUUCUGCAAGUUAGUGCCUCAAGUGCUACAGGAAAUGGAGCAUUUGUCAGCUGAGAAAGCAGAUGGUGAGCUGGCAAGCCUUGUGGACGCUUUCCUUCAUGAAUCAGGUCACGUCGCAGACGGGAGGGCCCGAAGUGAACAGGAACUACAGGACAUGUUGGCUGACGCGCUCGAAUCCGAUCAAAGUUUUGCUGCACAGAACGGACUUCGCAGGCGAAAGGUCAUCGCCGAAAUCACCCGGCCGGACUUCCAUCAGUCCUCCAUGCUGAUCGACUGCCUCAUUCAACCGUUGGAACACGGCAUAAACUUUCUACUUGGACAUACAAAGAUUUUGGCGGACUUGCGGUACCUUGGUCGUGGCCACCCAGACUUCGACAGGCUUUGCCGCGAAAGCCGCUUGAAAUUCAUGCAGGUUGUAACCGGGCAGCUGGCCCAAAAGCUUUUGCGGGAGUAUGUGGUGAUCUUGCACCACGGAUUGCAAGAACUCUUCGAUAUGGGGUUUGCUGCCACCCCGGACAGCUUGAAUCAGAUCUUUGAAGCAGUUGUUUUCCUCUGCUCCGAUCUUUACAGAAGAUUGCACCAUGAUUUCAAGAAAGCUCCAUUCAAGUUCUUCCGUCUGAGUGAUCUCAAUGGCCAGGAGUUCAGCUCGAGCUGGACCGCUUUGGAGAAGGAAGCCGCUGCAUGUUCGACUUGCAUGGACGAGGAAUUUUCGUAUCCGCUGCUACGUCAAUUUGAAGGCUUGUCUUCGAAAUCUGUGCCUGAACAAGACAGUGCACGACGCGAGAUUCAGAUGCUGCUGCUCGAUGUUGCAACAUGGAGCCCAGUUACAUCGGACUCUGUUGAGAUAAAAAACGGACAGACCCAGUGGGCAGUGAGCAGGCGUGGUGGACAGAAUGUCCGAAAUACUCGGACAUCUUUGGAACUGUCUCUGGUACAGGAGGCUGUCAACCAGAACCAGUGGGCUCAACGUGCAGUGUCCGAGGAAACCCUUCCCAACAAGGCCACCUCUGCUGGUGUUGUGAAGAUGGCUGGUGUGAAGACCACGAAGACAGAGGAGGGCAAGAGCCGGACUAUGACAAGGCGGGAAACGCCACAAGAGCGAGAAGCACGUCUCCGCAAGGCGAAAGAUCGGUCAAUUCGCAAGCUUUCCGCUUGGAACGUUUUUCAACGAUCCAAGUUGAAAGGUCGCCACCUGCAAGGCGAUGCCUACCAAGCUGAAAUUAAAGAGAUUAGCAGGCAAUGGAGAUCUCUCGGUCCUGAGGAGAAAGAACAGUACAAAGUUGAAGCAGAGCAUCAGCAGGCGUUGCUCGAUGCUUUGGAGACAACACCGUUGGCAGUCGAGGCUGCGGAUGGCGCCGAACAUGCGGACAGGACCGAUGGAGUUUGGCGCAACGCCGCCAAGAAACGUUCUGUCCGACGGCUUGAUCUCAACGAAGCUGCGUUUCGUGAGAAUAGCUUGUGGAGCUUGCCCACGCAGCUGGGCGACGGUGCCAUGGCCCAUGGCUGUUCCGUUCCUGAUAGUUCUGAAGAUGACGUGCUUGAAGAUCGAUGCCCUGUGGGUUGCUGCUGCAGGUCGGAUCACUUCAGUGAUAUUGAGAUAUGGCGGAAGCGUUUCAAGUCCCAUCUUGAAGCCAACAGUGUGAAGCCUGGUUCCUUGCUGAUGUUUGGCAGCGCAUCCUUUCCUGAUGCUUUCACCUUCAUUCUUGGAGUGGUGCUCAAAAGACCGUCUGUGCAUAUGCUGAUGAAAGUCAGUCUCUCGGAGAAUGAGGCAAGGUUCGAGCUUGUUCAUGGUGCACCAGUUGUGCUGUCUGAGCGAGAAGCUUUUCUACAACUGUUGCAGCUGACUCCUGGCCUUCCAGAUGACUUGACUGUCGAGGUCUGGCACUGCCAAGCCUUCCUCCGAGAAGGCUCCCAGCUGUAUGCUGUGCCGGAUCAGAAGCUAUGUGUGUUCAACUUGAACCAGACGUUGCAGCCAAAGCCGAAGCGUGCACCCGUGAAGCUUCCAUUUGGACUGCAACCUGAAAAGAAGCAGCGGCAACGCAGGCCCAAAUGCAAGCCAUCUGCCAAAGCAGGAGUUCGGCAGAAAGGGAAGUUCGGCUCACUUCCUCCUAGCAAAAAGCGAGGCAUGUCGGGCAUGUCACUGGACUUGGCCCGUGAAAGCCCGAGCGACGAAGAGGUGCCAGGCAGCUCUGAUUCAGAUGAGGAUGCAAACCUGGACCCCAACCAGGAGAGCGAGCGGGUCGUUGUUUCAGAUACGGUUCGUGCUGAGGAAAGAAAUAUCCCGGAGCUUGCGAGGGAGAUCGAAGAAGCAGAUCAGUUGCGAGCGGAGACAGCAGCAGCAAUUCGCUUGAACCAGCCUGCCCCUGGUGGACGGACAAGCAGCUUUUUCUCGAAAGAGGAAGGUUUGGCAUUCGGUGCCAUCGCUGUGUCGGGGCGGUCGGUAUGUUUGUGCUGCAAACUGCCCAUCGCGAAGGGUAGUGUGCGCUUUGCUUGGUACCAUUCUGACCGCAUGGUUGGAUUCACUCGACAUGUGCGUACGACUUUGUCAAAACCACCGGGUUGA